UUCUUCACAACAUUAUGUAAUGAGCUGUUCAGGAGAAAAGUCUCAGCUCAAGAGCUUCUUCUAUAUGUAUUCUGCAUUAGCUCUUCAAACUGAUACAUUGCUAAGUCCAAACUCCUCUAAAAAUGGCUUUUCCUUGUUUUAGGACUACCCUCAACCUCUUGCUGUUUCUUGUCCUGACACCUUCUGUGUUUGCCCAAACUCCUCCUAAUGUUACUUCGGGUUCAUACCUUAUUGCUUCUGAUACAUCAGUUCCAUGGAAGUCCCCUUCUGGUGAAUUUGCUUUUGGAUUCCACCAAAUCAACAAUCAAAAACUUUUCUUGCUUGGCAUCUGGUUCGAUACAAUACCGGAGAAAACAUUAGUUUGGUAUGCAAACGGAGAUGAUAUGGCACCUGAAGGAUCGAAGGUUGAGCUUACUCUUGAUGGUAGUUUCAGACUUACUAGUCCUCAAGGGCGAGAAAUAUGGAAGCCUCAAUCUUCUGUAGAUGGAGUUGCUUAUGCUGCCCUACUCAACAACGGCAACUUUAUUCUCACAGAUAAUAGUUCCAAGUCUUUGUGGGAAACCUUCAAGGAUCCCCGUGAUACCAUGCUGCCAACUCAAAUACUUGAAGUUGGUGGAAAGUUAUCGUCCCGGCUAAAGGAAAGUAGCUACUCUAAGGGAAGGUUCCUGCUUCGCUUGCAACCAAAUGAUGGGAGUGUUUUGCUCAAAACACUUGCCUUGCCAACAGGUUAUGAAUAUGAGGCUUAUUUUAAGAGCAAUACUUCUGAUGGUGCUUCACCACAGAAUUCUGGCUAUCAGUUAGUCUUUGACAAGUCAGGUCAACUCAAUGUUCUCCUAGACAGUAGAAGUGUUGUUAACCUCACCAAGGGAAGAGAGUCUCCAGCCGGAGAUUACUUUUACAGGGCGACGCUUGAUGUUGAUGGACCUUUUACUCUGUAUGCUCAUCCCAGGGCUCAAACAAAUGGUAGAUGGGGACAGACAUGGGUUGCUAUUUGGUCUGUCCCGGACAAUAUAUGUACUGAUAGUAAUGGUGACUUGGGUGGUGGUCCUUGUGGAUAUAACAGCUACUGUAAACUUGGCACAAACCGAAGGCCUAUCUGUGAAUGCCUUCCUGGGUUUUCCCUCUUCGAUACCAGCAACGAGUUCGGUGGCUGCCAGCUGAACUUAAUGCCAAAUUGUGAGCAAGGAAAAUCAAAGCCAGAGGAUUUAUAUGCACUGCAAGAGGUGCCAAAUACAUAUUGGCCAUCUUCAUCAAACUACGAACAAUUGCAGUCACUAAAUGAAGAUGACUGUGGACGAUUGUGCCUCUCUGAUUGUAACUGUGUUGUUGCUGUCAUCAAAGAGGGGACCUGUUGGAAGAAGAAAAUGCCACUUUCAAAUGGUAGACAAGACUAUAGUAUCUAUGGGAAGGCUCUAGUUAAGGUAAGUAAAUCUGCUGUUUCUUUAGACGAACCCUCUCGGCGAAAGUCAAAUACGGGGAACAAGGAUCAAAGAGCUUUACUUCUGGCAGGAGCAAUUCUUCUAGGUAGCUCAGCACUACUUAUUUUCCUAUUUAUAGUAGCAGUAUCUCUGUUUCUGCUCCAACCACACCAUAGAAGAAGGAAACUUACCAGAUCAUCUAGCAUUCUGGAAACAAAUCUACGCAGUUUUACGUACAAGGACCUGAAAGAAGCCACGGAUGGAUUUAAAGAGCAGCUUGGACGAGGUUCGUUUGGAACUGUAUAUAAAGGACUUUUAACAUCACAGAGUUCAAGAAACUAUGUUGCAGUUAAGAAGUUGGAGAGGAUGGUGCAAGAAGGCGAGAAGGAAUUCAAAACAGAAGCAAGCGCGAUAGCAAAGACUCACCACAAGAAUUUGGUCAGAUUGCUUGGAUUCUGUGAUGAAGGGCCAAACAGGCUUCUGGUCUAUGAGUUUAUGAGCAAUGGCACCUUAGCUGGUUUCCUAUUUGGAAUUUCCAGACCUGACUGGAACAAACGCAUUCAAAUGGCAUUCGGCAUUGCACGUGCGCUUACAUACUUGCACGAGGAGUGUAGCACACAGAUUAUCCAUUGCGACAUCAAGCCCCAAAACAUACUCCUUGAUGGCACAUUUACAGCAAGAAUCUCAGACUUUGGACUGGCAAAGCUCUUAAUGAAUGAACAAACACGCACACAUACAGCUAUUAGAGGGACCCGAGGAUAUGUCGCACCAGAGUGGUUCAGGAACAUGCCAAUUACAGCAAAAGUGGAUGUUUAUAGUUAUGGGAUCAUGCUAUUGGAGAUCAUUUGUUGCAGAAAGAGCCUUGAUAUGGAAAAUGAGAAAGAAGAGGAGAUCAUACUAGCAGACUGGGCCCAUGACUGCUAUAAAGGAGGAAAAUUAGACGAGCUGGUGAAGGCUGACGAGGAGGCAAAAAAUGACAUGAAGACGUUGGAGACGUUAGUGAUGGUGUCAAUUUGGUGCAUACAAGAGGAUCCUUCUCUUAGACCUUCUAUGAGGACAGUCACACAAAUGCUUGAAGGAAUCGUUCAGGUUUCUGCUCCCCCAUGUCCUUCCCCUUUCAGUUCAAUCUGCUAAGAAAUACCAGUUCCAAAUUAUUCUCCCCUCGCUUUCUCAUCAUUAAAUUUGCUUUGCAAGUAAUGUAUGUUGGCAUUAGCUGUACAUUGAUUUAGUUGAGAGUUUUUAGGAGAGAUUUUAGUAUUCGAUUUACAUUAUAGCUGCACAUAUUUCAUUUGUUAUGGAUAUA